GCUGUUUUCGUCCAAUCACAGCUAACGUUAUUGGGACGUCGUUUAUUGACCUGAGAGAAGGUGACUUCUCAGGUUUUGCUCAUUACGUUUUUCCAAUCCAACCAUAACCACGAAAAGGACGGGGUUCUGUUGAAAAACAGUCGACCAUGUCUUCACUUGGACGGGCGUUAGGAGUCCUCCGGACUGGAUCGCAGCUCGUCAGGCGCGGUCCGGGAAGGAUAACGAGCAGAAAGGCAAGCGACGGACCGCACAUUGAACCACAGUACAGGCAAUAUCCGCAGCUUACCAAGAGACAGAAGUACGAGGCGGAGUUCAUCAGUGGGGCCAUGUGGUUUUGGAUUCUCUGGCACAGCUGGCACGAUCCAGAUGCAGUGUUGGGUCACUUCCCCUGGCCAGAUGCUUCAAAAUGGACUGAUGAGGAGCUUGGCAUCCCAUCAGAUGAGGAAUAAGGAAUCGAAGCACUUUGGUAUUCUUGUGAAAAUCUGCAAGAUUCUGUGUCUGUUGUACAUAAACUAAUAAAAACUUUAAAAUUAAA